AUGGUGGUCGGAAUUAUAGUAACAGAUGAGAAUCAUCUUGCCAAUCAUCCAACUCCACUUGUUCUCGAUCUUGAUGUAAAUUAUCGAAGUCCUAGGGAUUUCCAUCUGAUUUCAGUUGAACAAAUGAAUCCAAUUAUGCAUGCCGGGAAUGAAGAAGAAUUGGAAUUAAGGUAUUUUGUUUUUUUUUUUUGAAAGUAUUUUAUUUCCAUUUUUGGAUCAUUUUCAGACGAAAAUUUCGGCCGAAACCUCUCUAUUUUGGCACAUUUUUGAAAUGGUCGAAAUAUGAGAUGGGAAAUGUGCAAACUGUGAUUUAUCCAAAUGAUUAUGCAAUUGCUCAUGAUAAACUAUUCGAAACACGGGUUCAUGAAGGAAAAACGCAAAUUCUGUUGACUGGAGUUGUAUCGAGAGAUCGACGCGUUUUUUGGACCACCAAGUUUCCGUGUUUGACUAUACGUGAGUUUUUUUGGGAGAUGAAGGUUUUAUGGAUUUUUUUAACCUAGAAAUCUAUCUACUAUAUACUAAUUGGGAAAAUUUUUUUGGCAAUAGUGUGUCCGGGUCCCGUUCUCAAAACUGUGUGCAUAAAAAUUGAUGAUCAAAAAAAGAAAAAGUUUCUAAAUGUUGGCAGCUCGGUGCGCAUCCUAUUCAUCUACUAUCUACUAUAUACUAAUUGGGAAAAUUUUUUUGGCAAUAGUAUGUCCGGGACCCGUUCUCAAAACUGUGCGCAUAAAAAUUGAUGAUCAAAAAAAGAAAAAGUUUCUAAAUGUUGGCAGCUCGAUGCGCUUCCUAUUCAUUCUUUCUCAAAAUGCCUGUGAGUGCGCGGAGAAUGAAAAGUUUGAAAAUCUCAAUGUAUUUUUCGGAUUUAAAAUGUGUCGCUCAACUUUUCUCAAUUUCCAGAAGACCAUUUUUGAUGGGACCUUCACCAUUCGAUCCCAAAUUCUUUCCCAUCGAGGCGCUAAUAUUCGAAUUUUUACAAAGUGCGCGAGUUUUCACGUGAAAAUUCAAAACUUUUUUCAUGUAAAAAAGAAUGAUCACGUUUUUAUUCGAAUUGAAUUCCAGGCCACGUUUCUUAUCUGAUCGUUCUACUUUCUCAAUCAAAAUCGAAUAAUUUUAGUCAUUUCUCGAUGUUCCCCUUCUCCUAACUAGAGAAUAAAUUAAUCAGAAAAAAGUAAGUCAAACUACUGUAGAUGGCGUUAGCCAGCGAAGCCCUUCUAGUUCUUUCUCAAAAUGUAUGUGAGUGCGCGGAGAAUGAAAAGUUUGAAAAUCUCAAUGUAUUUUUCGGAUUUAAAAUGUGUCGCUCGACUUUUCUCAAUUUCCAGAAGACCAUUUUUGAUGGGACCUUCACUAUUCUAUCCCAAAUUCUUUCCCAUCGAGGCGCUAAUAUUCGAUUUUUCAAAAAGUGCGCGAGUUUUCAUGUGAAAAAUCAAAACUUUUUCGUGCUAAAAAGAAUGAGCACGUUUUUAAUCAGAAAAAAUGGCUAGGUCACGUCUCUUAUCUGAUCUUUUUAUUGCUCAGUUAUAGCGGGACAUUUUUAAUCAUUUCUCGCUAUUACUCUACUACUAAUCGGUUUGAAAAAUAAAUUUAAAUAAAGUGAGUCAAACUACUGUAGAUAAAUUCAAAAUUUUUUCGAACUUUCAGAUAUUGAAUAA